GUAUUGUGAUUGUUUGCUUUAUCUUGUGUAGUUGUGUUUUUUAUACAAUUUAAAAGUUUUCAAUUAAAAGCACGAAAUGACAGAUGUAGAAGAUAUAAUUCAUUACAUUAAAUCAUUAAGAAAGGGUUUUGAUAAGGACUUAUUUCAAAGUAAAAUAGAUGAACUUGCUUAUAUUGUUGAAAACGAAGGCUUGGAGUAUAAUGAUUUCCAUACUUUAUUCAAAGUUUGGUUAAAUUUAUCAAUACCUAUAACGAAAUGGAUAAAUCUGGGAGCCUGUUUAGUUCCUAACGAAAAAAUCGGCAAACUUACUGUUGACUACGCUCUACGUUGGCUUCUAGCUAAAUAUGAUAAUCAAUCAAACUUUUCAAACAUAAGCUUUUUACUUGACUGGUUAACAGCUGCUAUGGACUGCAAUUGUGUUGAAUUAGAUGCUCUUAAUAUUGGAUAUGAAGUCUUUUACUCAACAUUGACAUAUGAAGCAUUGGCACCACAUUCAAUAAAAUUGGUGUACAAUCUGACUAAACCAAGUGAUGUUACAAGAAGAAGAGUUGUUGAACUUUUAGACUGUGCAAAGAAAAGGGAAGCAAAAAAGAAUUUAUACCGUCAGAUUCAAGUUCUCUUGGGAUUGUUCAAGUCGUACAGACCAGAAUGUGUUCCUGAAGAUAUACCAUCCAUAUCCAUACAUACAUCUUUUAGGAAGAUAAAUGCGAACCUUCUGAAUCGAUUCACAUUAAGUCAGAGCAAAAGAAAUUUGUUGUUUAAUACCAAACAGUAUUUGCUGUGGACUAAUCCAAUUAAUUGUGACUCUGGAAGGAAUAAGAAAGACCCACUGAUACCAAACAUGGAAUUUUUAAAGCUUGGUUCAAUGCAAUACACUGAACAAGUUACACAGAAAACAUAUCUUGAUUUUUCUAGUCCAGUAUCUCUAUUGAAGCACAGUGUGAGCCGGCCCAGCAGCCGACCGGCGAGACUGCGAGCUCUGCUCUGCAACGACACGGGCACCAUAUUGUUAGCUCUGGCCAGCGAUACUGAACAGGCUUUCUUCUCACAUGACCUACAUCAUCUACUCAAUCAUUGUUUCUUUGACAAAUCACCAUACAGUUACGAGGAGAAGCAAUAUCUGCUGCACAGACUGGCAACAUUCCAGCGCACAAUACUGCAGGGCAUUCCCAUUGUGACCAGAUUCCUUGCACAGUUUAUAGCUUUUUGGAACGAAACAGACUUCUUUGGUGAGAUAAUGGAUUUAGUGGAAUGGCUGAGUACGGAUUGUUAUGAAUACAUUGAGUCAAUAAUGACUUCGCUAAUAAAGAUAUACAGCCGAGCACAUUCAAUGGACCAGUGUGUUAUGCUCAAGAGUUUGUCAGCAAUGUAUGCUAAUUUAGUGCACACCAGUGUGAGAGAUCGCAGGUUGUUCAUGAGUACAAACUCACCUCGGAUAGAAUACUCACAGAUAUUACGUGGAGUUGCCACGUUGUUGACACAGUUGUAUAGCAAAGGCUUACAAAUAAACCCAGGUAACGGUCUGGUGUUGUGGAGCAGCGCGUGCGCGGCGCGGCGGUGCGCGGAGGCGGCGGUGUGCGCGGGCGAGGGGGCGGGCGCGGCAUGCGGCGUGCCCCCCGCGCCCCCCGCGCCCCCCGCGCUGCUGCUGGCGCUGCCGCUGCUGGCGCCCUCUGCUGCCACACUGGAACAACUCGUGCACCUCUUACUUAUGUACAGGAAAAUAUUCUCAAAACUAAAGAACAAACAAAACAACGGUAUAAAAAAUACUCACGAAUUCGAACAUCGACAAUUACUAAAGGCGUACACAUCUGAUGUAAUAUCUUGUCUGUAUCACGAAAACUUCCUCAGCAACCGAGAAGAAGGCUACGUGUUCAGCAAACUGAACAAACAGACUGUAGCAAUGCUGAACAAAAUCAUUCCGAAUGCUGAAUCUAAGUUCAGUCUCCGCAAUCAUUUAGCAUUCGCACCAUACACUUAUAUGCAAAUUGAAGGAUCACAAGCUGAGGCUGCGGAUAACUCCAUGUGGUUCAAAUAUGCUAUUGAUAAACAGUUUCCUAGUUUGUGCAAAUUGUUGAUUAUGACUACACCACAAUUGGUUACAUAGAUUGAUUAGACAGCCAUUUUAAUUUCGCUUCGAUAUCGUAUUUAUCUUUUUAAUUAUGCGUGCAAAAUAAUACAACACUUGGAAGAUGUAAAGUAAAAAGUAUGUCGUUAUGACGUCAUCGUUCAUGUCUUAUCUGUACGUUUCGUAAUUUUUAUUGAUUUUUAAAUAAUUCCUUUUAUUUCAUUAUUGUGACGUAACAUCUUGUUAGACUAAAAUUUGAGUAACCUGUGUCAUUAUAAGUUAAUAAAAGAUAUAGAAAUAAGGGACCAUUAAUAAAUAUAGAUUUUAAAGACUAAGGAAUGCCUAGAUAGUACAAAAAUAUUUCUAAACACUAAAAUAAUUUACACCACCAAUUUACAUAAUAUGUAGUAGAGAAAAGCAAUAAGAAAAUGUUAGACAAACAAUAAAUAAUGUAUUUUUUGAAGAAAUUACUAAUACAACAACAAAAAUAUGCAUUUAUAUUUUUUUAAAGGAAGGUUUUCACUGAAUGUAUAAUUAUGUACUUAGUAAUAAGAUUUGGUGAAGGAAAACAUCGUGAUGCAACCUGCACAUAUCUGAGAAGAAAUUCAAAGAUAUGUGUGAAGUCAAC